UUAGCCUGCCAGCACUGGCCAUUCCGUGACUCACCUGACGCCACCUCUCCCGCUUCCGAAAGGGGUUCUGCUCUUCCCGCUAUGAGCGCGGAACCAGCCGAUGGGGCUGCGGAUGGAUCCAUCGCAGCACCCUCGCCGUCCGAUGCCCCCUGUCCCGCGGUGACGUGGCCCGCCGACGGCCAGAUCUCCGUCGCGUGGGUCCGCGAGCUCGCAGCGCGUCUGGAGCACGCGUCGCGCCACGUGUCCCCAGAGGAUCUUCCCACCGUCCUUCCCGUGGCCACUGUGGACGGCAUUCUCCUCGCCUCGUAUAAGAUCCUCCAUAAAGAGCCCAACGUCGUGCGCGUGUGGCCGCAAUCCGCGGCGCCAAUCGCGGCGGCGGAAUCACGCCCUGGCCCGUCCACGCGGAUCGAAGCUGCCGGAGAUGGCGGCUUAAAAGACGGGGGGAGUGCUGCGGACGGCACGGAUGGGAACGACGCGGGUAAGGGGACGGCGAAGAGGGAGGAAGCAGCGAGAGAGGAGGGGGAAGCGACGCGACGCGAUGGGAAGGCUCCCUGCGAAGAGUCGGUUGUAGGCGAGGAGGGAGGAGAAAGGGGAGGGAAAGGAGAAGGAGACGGAGGCGGACGAGGAGGAGAACGGGGAGAGGGAGGGGAAGGAGCAGGAGCAGCGGCAAGGGGAGGGGGAGGCGUGCAGGUGGUGGUGGUGGGCGACGUGCACGGGCAGCUGCACGACGUGCUGCGACUGCUGCAGCUCACGGGCGAACCCUGCGACUCGCGUUUCUUCGUGUUCAAUGGCGACUAUGUGGACCGCGGCGCGUGGGGCAUGGAGACGUACCUGCUGCUGCUGAGCUGGAAGAUUCUCUUCCCGCACCGCGUGUUCCUGCUGCGCGGCAACCACGAGACGCUCUUCUGCUCCAUGCACUACGGCUUCCAGAACGAGAUCCGCCACAAAUACCCCGCGCCCUCCGCCUCGCACCUCUUCCGCCGCUUCCUCGCCUGCUUCGAGUCGCACCCCCUCGCCGCCCUCGUUAAUGGCACAGUUUUCGUCUGUCACGGGGGGCUGUUUAGGAACCCAGAGGAGGGGGAGAAGAAGGGGGGGAGGGGGGGGGGCGGGGACGCGAGGAGGAGGAGGGGGAAGAGGGAAAUACCAGAGGUGGAAUUAGGAACCAUAGCGGAUCUAGAGGGGACUCGCAGGGGGAUUCUUGACCCCCAUGGCACGGGGUCGCACGCCAUAGUGGCGGAUGUGCUGUGGUCCGACCCGGCGGUGAAGGAGGGGCUGUGCCACAACGCCACGCGCAACAUCGGGCUCGUGUUUGGCCCGCAGCACACGCAGAUGUUCAUGGAGGCACACGGGCUCAAGCUCAUCAUCCGCUCGCAUGAGGGCCCGGACGCGAGGGAGAAGCGGCCAGAGAUGAAACCAAUGAGCGAGGGGCUCACAGUGGACCAUGAGGUGCCGGCCGGCCGACUCCUCACCCUCUUUAGCGCGCCCGACUACCCGCAGUUCCAGGCGCGCAGGCAGCGGUACAGCAACAGAGCAGCGUACCUGGUGUUUGAGGGGCCAGACUUUAGUGAGCCUCAAGUGCACCACUUUGAUGCCGUGCUGCCACGACCCAAGGCCACUGCCUUCUACGACUACAUGAACUGCUUGGACUCAGACGAUGAGAUCGACCUGGGGAGCAGCGACGGUGGCAGCAGUGACGGCGGUAGCAGCGACGGUGGCAGCAGUGACGGUGGCAGUGACACGAGGAGCAACCAAGGGUCGGGUAGCGAGGGGAGCGAGGAUGAAGGUGGGGGGGAUAACUGGAGGAAUCGCACGAGAGCAGGCGCGAGUAAACGCGUGGGGUUGGCUGGUUGAGGUUUGCUUGUGCGAUGGCAACGCGGCUCUCUUGUGGGGCUGUGUACAGUGGUUGACCUGAAGCGGGUUUUACAGCAAGUAGAAUUACCCAACUGUCGUAAUAAUUAUCUUACGCAUCAUGGGUUGUGGGCUGGCACUAAUCAUUCGUUUUAGUCAGAUAUGUUCGGUUGGGGCAGGCUGAGUAGUUAGAAAGGAUUGUAACACAUCUAGCUAGCUAGCACGAUAUGAAAAAACC